CUUCCGGGAGCGAGCGCCGUUUUCUCCCGGCUCCGCGGGCGCGCACCCCCGGGUUCCAGCCUGUAGCGGCGGUUGGUCGGUAGCCGCUGUUCGCUGUUGGGGCUGCCCGUGGCGGAGCCUGCAGUCCGCGUGUCGCGGUCCUUUUGGACGCUCGACGGGGCCUCCGCCAUGGUUCUGCUACACGUGAAGCGGGGUGACGAGAGCCAGUUCUUGCUGCAGGCGCUGGGCAGCACCGAGCUGGAGGAGCUGACGGUGCAGGUGACCCGGGUCUACAACGGGCGGCUCAAGGUGCAGCGGCUCUGCUCAGAAAUGGAAGAAUUAGCAGAGCAUGGCAUCUUUCUCCCUCCUAAUAUGCAAGGACUGACUGAUGAGCAGAUCGAAGAGCUGAAAUUAAAAGAUGAAUGGGGCGAAAGAUGUGUACCCAGUGGGGGCGCAGUAUUUAAAAAGGAUGACAUUGGACGAAGGAAUGGCCAAGCUCCAAAUGAAAAAAUGAAGCAAGUUAUAAAGAAGACUAUAGAAGAAGCCAAAGCAAUAAUAUCUAAGAAACAAGUGGAAGCCAGUGUCUGUGUUACUAUGGAGAUGGUGAAAGAUGCCUUGGACCAGCUUCGAGGUGCCGUGAUGAUUGUUUAUCCCAUGGGGCUGCCACCGUAUGAUCCCAUCCGGAUGGAAUUUGAAGAUAAAGAAGAUCUGUCAGGAACUCAGGCAGGCCUCAGCGUCAUUAAAGAAUCAGUGGCACAGCUGUGGUGGGCAGCCAAGGAGUUAAGAAGAACAAAGAAGCUUUCAGACUACGUGGGAAAAAAUGAAAAAACCAAAAUUAUUGUCAAGAUUCAGCAACGGGGACAGGGAGCGCCAGCCCGAGAACCUAUCAUUUCCAGUGAGGAGCAGAAGCAGCUGAUGCUGUAUUAUCACAGGAGACAGGAGGAGCUCAAGGUAGCUCCCGGGUGGUGUUGGUGCCCACAGAGCUGGUGCUUGGGAAAUUGGAAGAAAAUGAUGACGACUCCUGUCUAAAUUCCCCAUGGGCAGAUAACACUGCUUUGAAGCGACAUUUUCAUGGGGUAAAUGACAUAAAGUGGAGACCAAGAUGAACCAGCUGAUGAAGAUUUCAAAACUCCUAGGACACUUUCCUUGCCGGCAAAAUAGUUAAAAUAAUAAAAGACACCAAGCUCUCUCUACAAGACAUGUUGAAAUUUCUAUUUUCCUAGUUUUCUUUUAGUUUGAAUUUUUAAAAUAACAGUCACUCACUUUUUUUUUUUUUUUGGUACCGGGGAUGGAACUCUGGUCCUUGCGCUUGCGCAGCAGGUGGCGAAACUGCUGAGCUAAAUCCCUGGCUCCUGUCACUCACUGUUUUAGGAUUUCAUAUAUAAUAUCCUCAAAAGAAAAUGCCUAAAUUAUUUUUGUUUUAGGAUGGCUAUGUAGUAUCUCACGGUUUUCUUUGAUAAAAUAGUAAAGAUUAACUACAACCAUU